AUGAGAAAUGGAAAAUCUGGUGGAGACGACGGAACUGAGGCAGAAAUUCUGAAAUAUCUUCCUACGUCUGGGAUUCGUGAGAGGACCAAUAUCAUCUACUCAGUAUGGAUAGAUGAAAGCAUACCUGACUCAUGGAGACACGUCAUCUUAAUUUCCCUCAAGAAGUUAUCCGUCACGGACCCUAUGAAUUAUCGAGGAAUCUCCUUGUUGCGUGUUAUGUACAAGGUUUUGGAGCGGAUUAUCCUGGACCGACGUAAUAAGCAUCGCAAAGAAACAACGCGUGACGAGCAAGCUGGCUUUCGUCAGCGUCGAUCCGCGAUUAACCAGGUGUUCAUCGUUAGGACAGUGAUCGAAAUCUGGCAGCGCUAUUCGAAGCCAAUGCAACUAGCGUUUCUGGACUUUGAAGUCGCGUUCGACUCUCCUCACCGAGGCCGUCUUUUCAACGUGCUCCGCGUUGAUGGAGUAUCAGGAAAGUUCGUUCGCUUGCUUGAUGACAUGAAUCAACUGCUGCAGUUCGAACACCAGCCGGACAUACAACACCGUUUGAGGUGGUAA